AUGAAUUUAUUAUUACUCACGAUUAUUGCAAUAGCAGAGGGUGCUAGCAUCUAUAACUAUGGAUUUUCUGAAAAUUCUAAAAAAAUUGGAACCCAGGAGCAUCUUUUCCAAUAUUUGGCUGGAAAUGCACCAUAUUUCAAAUAUCCGCUAGACUAUGGUAUUAACUUGCCUAUCCCGGAACACUGUGAACUGAAGCAAGUUCAAUUACUUGCCAGACAUGGUGAAAGAUACCCAAGCAAGAGUAAAGGCGCAAAAUUGUCAAAUGUUUAUCAGAAGCUGCAAAACUACACAGGAGCUCUCAAUGGCAGCCUUUCAUUUUUAAAUGACGAUAAUUAUCACAUAUUCUGGGAAGACACUUCGCAGCUAGAGCUUGAAGUCACAUCAAAGAACUCACUAGACCCAUUGAAUCCUUACACCGGAGAACAAAGUGCUCGGACCCAUGCCCGCCAGUUUAUUUCCUUGUAUGGAGAUCUAUUAGAGGAAAAUUCAACUCUUGAAUUAUUUACGACCAAUUCAAAACGUGUGCAUGACACAGCAGCUUUCUUUGCAGAAGAGCUUGAUAACGCUGUAAAAUCCACACAUAUGAACAUAAUUAGUGAAGACUCAAGCUCUGGUGCGAAUAACUUAUCCCCUGGUUAUUCAUGUUUACCGUGGGAUGAAGAUGAGAAUGAAGAAUAUCUUUCCAAGUACUCUUCGGAGUAUUUAGAAGACAUUGCUGACAGAUUAAACAAUGAGAAUAAGAAUUUGCCUUUGAAUUUGACUGCUACCGAUGCCAGCUCUUUGUUCGUGUGGUGUGGGUUUGAAAUCAGCGUUAAAGGCUACAGUGACGCAUGUAAUAUAUUCACUGACGCCGAACUGCUACACUUUUCAUAUGAGGAUGAUCUAUAUGACUACUACCAAGAUGGUCCUGGUCACUCUUUAGCAAAGCCGAUAGGGUCUUUACUGUUCAAUGCCUCAGUGGAAUUACUAAAACAAAGCGAUGAGUUGGACCAAAAAGUUUGGUUAAGUUUCACACAUGAUACUGACAUUAUUAACUAUCUCGCUACUGUAGGCCUAUUCGAUAAUGGUAAAAAAUUAAACGCAUCUUCAGUGCCUUUCCUUGACCAUAUUUACCGGAAGGCAUGGAUGACUCCGAUGGCUGCUAGGCUCUACACAGAGAAGUUCCAAUGUUCCAAUGAAACCUUUGUCAGAUAUACCCUAAACGACGCCGUGAUUCCAAUUGAAUCAUGUUCAUCUGGACCGGGUUUCUCUUGUCCAGAAAAGGAAUUCUACUCUUAUGCUGAGAAAAAAUUGGAUGGGAUGGAUUUUGUUAAAGCGUGUGAUAUAAAGUCAUCGAGCAACUACACUUCUUUGAGUUUCUAUUGGGAUUAUGAGAGUGUUAAUUACAAUGCAUCACUUCUAAUACAAUAA